UUGUUUUGGCCAGCCUCCUCGAUCCUAGAGAGGCGCCAUUUUUAUGGCCUAUUAUGCUUCUGAUCUGAACAAUAUUUAAAGAAACCCCCCCAAAAAAUCUGAAAAUAAAAAAGUCCGGGAAAACCGAAACCGGGAAAGAUGGCAGCCCCUCCGGUGCGAGCUCGGGCCGAUUACGAUUAUCUCAUAAAGCUUCUUCUCAUUGGCGACAGCGGGGUUGGAAAGAGUUGUUUACUAUUGCGCUUCUCAGAUGAUUCUUUUACUACAAGCUUUAUUACCACAAUAGGGAUUGACUUUAAGAUUAGGACUAUUGAACUUGAUGGGAAGCGCAUCAAACUACAAAUAUGGGAUACAGCUGGUCAAGAGCGUUUCCGGACAAUCACAACAGCUUAUUACAGGGGAGCCAUGGGCAUAUUGCUGGUCUAUGAUGUUACAGAUGAGUCUUCCUUCAACAACAUCAGAAACUGGAUCCGUAAUAUUGAACAGCAUGCAUCGGAUAAUGUUAACAAGAUAUUGGUUGGAAACAAAGCUGACAUGGAUGAGAGUAAGAGGGCUGUGCCAACAUCGCGGGGCCAGGCACUAGCUGAUGAAUAUGGUAUCAAGUUCUUUGAGACGAGUGCAAAAACAAACUUAAAUGUGGAGCAGGUUUUCUUUUCUAUUGCUAGAGACAUAAAGCAAAGGCUUGCAGAGAGCGACUCCAAAGUAGAGCCUUCGACCAUUAAGAUCAGUAAACCAGAUCCAGCCAAGACUCCAGGUUCUACCACUACAGAGAAAUCGGCUUGCUGCGGUUCCUGAAGUGAUACAAACAAUUAACAUUAGCUCUUGAUUAUUUCUCGUGUGCAUGUUAUAUAAGUCGUAUACCCCUGGCCCCCUGGGAAGCCAUUUGUGUUUGCCAAGGCAUUUUAAAUUACAGCUUCUGCCCUUCAUGUUUGUUAAACUUCUGGGCGUUGUAAUUUCUCCCUCGAUCUGUAGAGAGGGGUUCCUUUAAAUGCUUUUCUAUGCUUCAGGAUGGAAGUCCUGAAGUUAUAACAAUCUUUUCUGGGUGAUUUCUUGUGCUAUAUUUCUUCAUGAAUGCUCAGUAAUAUUAGCAAUGGGUCAAACAAAAUCAUCGAAUACUUAUUGUUUCUACCCAUCUCCAAAGCAAUCUCAAUCUUUCUCUGAGACAACGAUGAAUAGAUUCUACUGCUUGCCUUUGGUAUA